GAGGAGUCCCCCGAAUUACCGUCAUCGGGAAUCAGGCGAACUCGUCGAGCAUGGGGGAGACGAGGAAGAAGACGAAGCCGAAGCCGAAGACCUCCGACGACGAAGCCGAAGCGACCGGAGAGCUCGCCUCGCCUCACGCUUUCUCGCUCCACCUGGCGUGCGGGCUGAGCCUGGCGGCGGCGCUGUGGAUCGCCCGCGCCGGCGGCGAAUCCGUCGAUCUCGUCUCCGAUCCUUCUCGAACUCUCCGCCUCGUCUGGGUCAUCGAGUGCCCGAUCGCGAUCCUUCUCUACAGUCUCGCCAGAGAGAGGCCUGCGCAAACCUCGUAUAUAAGAGCUGUCGUUCGUGGCGCGCUUGCAUUGCCGGCCGGUCGGUUUGCUUUCCGGGCAAUGGUUAAUGCUUUGGGAGCCAUUGCAUUGGGCGCGCCUGUUGGGACGCAGUACUUGGCGAAGACCAUUAACUGGUCCCUCGUGAUGUCGACCUGGACUGUCGUGCCAGCUGCUUGUGUUUUUGGUGCCUCAUGGAACAGUUGGCAACGUAUCUUCGCAUUUACAAAGCCGAUCAGUUCUAUAGAUUUCAUGAUUUGUCUGCCUGCUCAUGGUGCAAUUAUUGGAGCUUGGUUUGGUGCAUGGCCUAUGCCACUUGAUUGGGAAAGGCCAUGGCAGGAGUGGCCGAUCUGUGUGAGUUACGGAGCCAUGAUAGGGUACCUUGUUGGGAUGGUGGCAUCUCUGGGCUUUAUUCUCCUUCGACAUGGACAUGAUCAUGUGAAAGUCGACUAGUGGACUGAGUCUGGGAAUAUCGUUGGCAAUUGUGCUGCAGGAGCUGCUUUCAAGAUGACUACAGCAUCCUUCACAAUUUAAACAAAUCCUGUUAACAGCAGAUAUUCUUGUCCCUCCAACUUUCAUAUGCUUUCCAGAGGAAUCUACCUUAUCAUUUUUCAUCUACUUAUGCUUCAUGGUGAGGGUUUUCAGGGUGCACACCUGAACUGCUAAAUGAUGUUGAUGCCAAUCGAUCUAUUAUUUUUCAGCAGUGAAAACAAGGGAAACCUGAGACACCAGAGGUCUGCUUUGUUCAAUGACAACAGCAAUCCUAUUGACAUCCCGGUAGGUAAUUACUUAGCUUCUCAAAAACGCAUCGACUCCAAGGCAGUGAAAAAGCUUUCAGUGUGAAGAAGCAAAAUUUUGAUAGGAAAAGUUUUGUCCAUUAAUGUUGUCCAUACUUAUGUGGGAGUGCAGUCAGCAGUCUCAGAACAGCUUUUGCUAGCCUAGUUUCAUGAUUGUAUGUUUGCUGUCAUUUUUUUGUUGCUGUUGUAGUUAAAGUAUCUUCCUUCGCAUUGGCGUUUCUUCCAUUUGGUUCUUGGCUUAUAGCUGGGAGCACUGUUGAAAAUCAAACAGACUGCCUGGUAUGAGAGCGGGGAACUUUUGUUUCUUGAUUCCACAGUUGGAGGAAGAAUGAGAGUACCUUUCAUUGGAGUUUGCAGCUGAGGUGGUGCCUCUGCUGCAACACGCCCUACAUUAUGUUCUGCGUUUGCUGAUUUAGCAGCGCAUCUCGGACUGUAGAGACUAAGAGCAGGGCAUUUGCUCUCUCUUUCCUGCUUACGACCAUUCCUGGUUUAAUGAGGACAGCUUGGGGGAGUGAUGGCAAUAACAGUUUAUGAGAAACAGAAUCAAUUAUCACCAUAUUUGUAAAACGCUUUAUUCUUGUACA